AUGGGAAGGGCUGAAAGGUCAAGAGAACUCCAGUUCCCUUCCGGUGCCCCUCCUCCCAGUCACACGCACAGCUACUUCCGGCGUUCCAACCCUUUACUUCAGAACUCCAUCUCCAGGGUACAACGGUCAAGCCGAGGCACAACAAAAAUGCCCGGCUCCAUGGCGGACAUUGAGAAAACCGAUUUGGGGCCCUUGGUCGGCGCUAUUGAUCAAGGGACCAGCUCCACUCGUUUUCUAGUGUUUAAUUCGACAACAGCCGAACUCCUCAGCCAUCACAAAAUUGAGGUGAAGCAGAAGUUUCCGAAGGAGGGCUGGGUCGAACAAGACCCCAUAGAGAUUAUGCAGUCUGUCUAUGACUGUAUGGAGACAACAUGUGAGAAGCUUAAUGAGCUGAAUGUUGACAUUUCUACCAUCAAAGCCAUCGGGCUGACCAACCAGAGGGAGACUACUGUGGUCUGGGACAAGUUUACCGGAGAGCCUCUCUACAAUGCCAUGGUUUGGCUUGAUCUUCGUACCCAGUCAACGGUUCAGCUUCUCAGUAAGAAAAUCCCUGGCAAUAAUAAUUUCGUCAAAUCAAAGACCGGGCUGCCUCUGAGCACUUACUUUAGUGCCGUGAAGCUCCACUGGCUCUUGGAGAAUGUGAGAAAAGUUAAGAGAGCUGUCGAGGACCAAAGAGCCCUUUUUGGGACCAUUGACUCUUGGGUGAUCUGGAACCUGACUGGAGGCAUCGACGGAGGGGUCCACUGUACAGAUGUAACCAACGCCAGCCGAACCAUGCUUUUCAACAUCCACUCGCUGCAAUGGGACGUAGAGCUGUGUGAGUUUUUUGACAUUCCUAUGAAUAUGCUUGCAGAGGUCCGCACUUCUUCCGAGAUCUAUGGACUGAUGAAAUCUGGAGCUCUGGAAGGUGUGCCAAUAUCCGGAUGCCUGGGAGACCAGUCUGCAGCUUUGGUGGGACAAAUGUGCUUCCAAGAGGGGCAAGCCAAAAAUACCUAUGGAACCGGUUGCUUCUUAAUGUGCAAUACAGGAACAAAGUGCGUCUUCUCUGAACACGGCCUCAUCACCACUGUGGCUUACAAGCUGGGCCGAGACAAGCCAGCCAUCUAUGCGUUGGAAGGAUCCGUUGCCAUCACCGGGGCUGUCGUUCAGUGGUUGAAAGACAAUCUUGGCAUUAUAGAAUCCAUAGAAGAGAUCGAAACACUGGCCGAAGAGGCGGGAUCGGCUCACGGCUGCUACUUUGUUCCAGCAUUCUCGGGUUUAUAUGCACCAUACUGGGAACCAAGUGCAAGAGGUAUUAUUUGUGGACUUACUCAUUUCACAAACAAACAACAUAUCGCCUUUGCCGCAUUAGAGGCAAUCUGUUUCCAAACCCGGGAAAUAGUGGAUGCUAUGAAUCAAGAUUUUGGAACUCCACUCACCCAUUUACAAGUAGACGGAGCAAUGACCAACAACAAAAUUCUAAUGCAACUUCAGGCAGACGUACUGAAUAUACCGGUGGUGAAGCCUUCAAUGCCUGAAACAGCUGCACUGGGUGCCGCCAUGGCUGCUGGAGCUGCAAAAGGAGUAGACGUCUGGAGUCUGGAAGCUGAUGAUCUAUCGCCUGUCAACGUGGAGCAGUUUGAACCGGAGAUAAACGCAGAAGAAGGUGAAAAUCGCUAUUCCACUUGGAAGAAAGCCGUGCAGAGAUCCAUGGGCUGGGUUGUACCUCGGAGCCAUCUAAGCGGCCAUUUUGAUCUCCUCUGCAGUAUACCACUGGGCUUUUUUAUAGUGUCUACCAUUAUAAUGUUAAUUGGAGCAAGGUACAUCUCAGGAGAUCCCUAAAUAUCUGAAAUGGUUUAAAGAAUUCCCAAGUUAUAACCUUUAGUAUUUAACAAUAACCAAAAAAUUUAGUAAUUUUUUCUCUGCAUAAGUCAUUCCUCUAUAGGAAUAUAUUCAUAAAGAUUAGCAUGACCCAUAAGAAUAUAGCAAUGUUGUAAUAGAUAAAGAAAUAUAUAGUGUGCUUUUCAAAAAUCAGCAGUUAGAAUUGGAGGAAGGAGUCAACUGGGGGGGGAAGCUGAACCUCUUAUUAACCAUUAUCAUCCUAUCAUUUUUAUGAUCUAAGAAAAAGUCUGAUUCUAGUCAUAUUAUCUUCCAUCAAAUAGUCUAUGUGACUGACUAGAAUAUUUAUUGUCUGUACUCAGUAAUUACAUCUAAAGAACAGAGAUGCAUUUUUCUUACUGGCUCCCAAAGUUGUUCUUGCCCACCUGGUAAGGCAUUCAAAGCCUUUCUUAGAUUUUUCAUAGCAAUCUUUUAACACCUUAAAGGAGUAAAUAUUUAACAAUAGCCCAGUUCAGAUGUUUUCCUUAAGUUAAUUAAAGCUAAGUGGAAUGAUCCCUUAGAAACACCAAUAUAACUAAUUUUUCUGUAUUUUUUUGCUUGCCUAAAUCUUGUAAUGGAAGUUUUUUCCCUUCCCUACUGAAUUUAGUUUUUUUUAUAAAUAUACAUAUAUAUUUUGCUCUGAAUGUAUAACAGGAAUAUUGACAUACGUUACAUACAUAGGAUUAAAAUAAAUAGAAAAUGUAUUAAUAUCUACUGAGAUGAUUUAGGGAUAAUAGCUAUGACUAUUGAAAGGAGAAUGAUGAUGCACAUUUUUCAUCAGAAAAAAACAUUUUCUUGAGGCAUCAACUUUUACAACAAAAAUAUACAUUCCACAUAAGUCAAGAAAAAUAAGCUUAAUUCUGUAGCAAAUCUUUCCUACCUUCUUCCAUAAAUCUCAUAUUAGGAUAAAUAACCCCCCCC